UCUAAUAUUCCCUGUAUGUCUUUGAAGAUCAUGAACAGCCUGCAAUGGCCUUUCGUAUGGCCGAAGUGCAAGGGGAACUGCAUGUUCCGCUUGUACGCGUGUAGCACCCUCCUUUCAAUACCAGGCGAGAUCGCAAUAUAAUGGCGCUACAACUUCAACCCUAUCGCUACCACCCGCUCUCCUCCUCCGCUCAGACCCGUAUUCUUGUACUUGAGCCCUCAUCUGAUGUCUUUGCGCCUCUGAGCUGCAUGUUGGAAGAGCUCCGAAUAGAGUCGGACAAAGGCUUCCAAGCGCUCUCCUAUACAUGGGGCGAGCCCAACUUUACAGGGACGUUGAUCGUGAACAGAACCCAUUUUCUGCGCAUAACGCCGAACCUUCGAGACGCUCUUCAUCGCUUCCGUCUUCCAUUUAACUCACGCCGUUUGUGGGUUGACGCAGUAUGCAUUAACCAGCAAGACGAAGAGGAAAAGGGGAGGCAGAUCCCGUUCAUGGAUGUGAUAUACCGCGGUGCAUCGGCUGUACUCGUCUGGCUCGGAAACUACCCGGCGCAAGCGGCAUGUUUAGCGAGCAUCGAAGCCUAUCUGCGUCUCCUGGGCAAAAAGCGCGAACCAAGCAGCAGCGAAAGGCACCAAGCAGACACCGAGCUACUCACGUCUCUUUCGUCCUUGUUCCAGCUCCCAUGGUUCAGUCGACGCUGGAUAGUGCAGGAAGUUGUCCUCAACCCAGACGUUCUGAUGUGCUGUUGUGAUAAAGAACUUUCCUGGGUGCGAAUGGCGAGUCGCCUCGAAUCGAUAAGCGACCCGCCGGCCGGCUUUAAGCCGUUGGAAAGUAUGCUAGCUAUGACUAGGCUAUGGAAGCGGGGGUUGUUCAACAGAAAUGCGGUCGAGAAGACUGGAAUAUUCGAUCUCCUCGAGGCUUUCGACCACUUCCAGUGCUGUGACGAUAGAGAUCGACUGUUCGCCCUUGGAGGACUGGCAAAUGAUGUUCACAUGGGGCCUAACGCUCCGUCGCAGCUUUUACCGCUGCCCGUAGACUAUACUAUUAGUACAGAGUCUCUGUACACGAGAUUCUGCGCAGACAUAAUAGAGCACGCCGACAAGGAGAUGAAGCAUCAAAUGCUGGCGUCCGGGUUAGCUCGUUGCCGAAACAGUCAAAAUGAAAGUAGUCUGCCGUCAUGGGUCCCGGAUUGGCGAGUAUCUGCGAUAAGAAAGCCAUUCUUCCAAUACAAAGACACUAAGUUGUUGGACUUAGAAUAUAAAUCUAACAGCCUAUUGUUACGUGGUCCGCUGACUCAAGACGCAACAGCCAGAGUCUCUGAAGUAUUUGAAUCACUACCAACUCAUGCAUUAUCCCCCCAGGAGGUGACUUGUUGGCUUCGGGCUGCUGGGACCCUCUGGUUGAGCAAAUAUCCAAAAGACGGGCUAGAGCCGUAUUCGGAUUUCGUUCAGACGUGUGCUGAAGACAUCGGCCAACGAUUCCAUCGUUGUGAGAUCAUUCGUAUGAUCUCUUGGGUCAUGUCGACUAACCAUUUUGACUUGUUGGGUAUAGAUGAUCAUGUCUCUGCUUUGACAGAGAUGGGGAAUGUCUUCAAGGGAAGAUCGGUAUUUUACUAUCGGUCGGAUUUCAUCAGAAACCCAGCUUUCGGCUUUGGGCCUGAUAAUAUACAAGUGGGGGAUGCGCUUCUGGGUGUCAUUCCGCCCAAUUGGCGCAUAGAUUCACUCCCAGCUGUGUUUGUCUUGCGAGAUUUCCCACAUCACUCAUCUCGACUCGUUGGUGACGCUAAAAUAGUGCGCUCUUUGGAGCGACACGGCGGGGACUGGUAUUCGCCGAGGAGUGGUAUUUGCCGAGGAGUGGUAUUCGCCGAUGAGUGGUAUUCGCCGCCGACAACGAAAUACAUCAACUAAUCUGAUGUUCUCGUGAGAAUUUGUAUGUCACUCUUAAAGCCUCUUGCUCGAUUUUGUGUUAAGUGAAGGGGGCAAGUUAAAGAAUAGAGAAAGUGAAAAGUCGUUGGUUUGCCGAAUUCGAAGCUACUGUGUUUUCUGUGUUCACUUUUAAAGUAUUGUGGUCUAUACACACCAUGACCCAACUGACCUAUCUAAUGGGGACAUAUCUCCCAAUAUCUACUUAGAAAACUAGCUUCUUUAGAGAGCUAGGCAGUUAUCUCUAAGGCAGUUUCCAUGAUAAACGG